AUGUCGCGCCUUCUUAGAUUUGGAUCCGUCUUCGGCAAGCGGGCUGAGCCUGAAGAUGACAUUGAGCAGAAAUUGAGCCAUGUUGGCACCGCAAGUCAUGUACCAGCCACCUCAGGAGCAACCCUCCUACCGCGGCCGGUGGCUUCUGCUCUAUCCCUCUUGACUCAAUCUACUUCACUGUCUUUGAAAGUCGGAAGCUUCUUUGGCGGCAUUGCGCUCGAUGGAGCGCGAGUCACGACGCUGACAGGAUUGGAACUCAGCAGAGCAGUUGUCGAGGGAAUCCUGAUACGAGCUGGGCGCGAUGUCUCACUUCGAAGUAGCGGAGAUCGUGGGAGAUCAGAGGCGGAGUCCCUGCUUGAACGAAGUUUGGCCGCGUUACAUACGACAAUUACCUCAGCUUCGUUCUUCGCAGCUGCCACGUUUCAUUUUUCAUCUUCGACGCUUUCUUCUGCCGCUCAUUUGUCUCAAGCUCUCCUCUCUACUUUGGAUGCAAUUCUUGGCUCGACAGAGUCCUCGAGGGCAAUAGCAGCGAUUAUCACACUCAUUCGUAGGGAGUUCAGAAGCCCCAAUGCUGAGAUUGGCGCUGAAAAUGUGGAUGUUGUUGAUCUUCUCAUUGGAACUGUCGGGUUUGCGAUGCUCCAGAGAUGGGGCCGAAAAAGCACUGAGAGGCAUAUGCGCAUCAACGGUGAUGAAGAAACGGUCUGGGAUGUUGUCAUCUUAGACAAUGGCACACGGGCCGACGUCAUUGGCACGCACCAGAUUGAGUCUCCAAGAGGUUCCCCAGAUGAACGGGGGCCUGCGACUAGACGAUCCUCUUUUCUUUUACCCAGCAACGAUGAGGAAACUUUCGAUGCUGUGCAGCGGCCAUCAAGUGGAGCUGGAACGUCUGAAGGGCCGUUUAUGUUGCUUCCCGCGGGCGAUGAAAACCAGGUUCCAGAUGAGGACAUUCGCCUACACAUCAUGCGGCAACUCCCAAGAGGCUGCUGCGCCUCGAUCAGAACGGAUGUGGCUACCGCACGGACUAUCACGGUAGAUAUAUUCGAUGAUGAGAGUUUGGAAAUAAAAGCUCCCCCUGGGAUGAUGAUGGUCGAAGAGAGGUUCCGCAAUGAUCAGUUAGUUGAAAAUCGGGGUACAUCCACCAUACAACAAAUACCGAAACACACAGUUGUUUUCAGGACCGCUUUCAACAAAUCGCAAAGCGCCAGCGUGAGGUCGGCCCGUCCAGAUACUACCUCCAACUCGCAAGGAAUGCGAUCUGCAGAAGGGAGCGCGAGAUUGUCCAAGCUCUCGCUUGACUUACAGGACAUCCAGGCGCAGGCUGAUGACAGAGGUGGCCGCAAGACUACUUCACCACCCCAAAUCAACACUGAUAUUCAUUUAUCCCACAAUGGCUUCUCGAUCAGCCAAGCAAGAAACCACGGUGAGAGGGACGUCUCUCAUACACUUCUCCCAGUACAAUCGGGGCCUUCUCAAAGAUCUUCAGUAGGGACAGCAAAAGAGGACAAGCCCGGCGGUGCAAAGCGAUCUCGUGAAGACUCAAAUCGCGCUUCUACGAAUGAGACCGAGUCGGGCUCUAAGGGCGCGUUUGGGAAAGGCUCACUGACACGACUGGCGCAAAGGGUCAAGCCAACCAUCGGCGAGCGAAGUGAGAUUGGCAAGAGAACAGCUGAGCGGUCAUCCCUGGAUAAGUCAAGUAUUGAACAGAAUGCCAAAGACACAACGCAAAGAAACAAGGAGCACAAAGGACUCUUCGCUGACAGGAGAUCUGGCCUUCAGCGCUCAUCUACGAACACCAGCUCGGAUGUGUGGCCAAACAAGAAUGCAGUGUUUUCUGCCAGAGGAGCCUCGUCACCUGUGGCAAACAGGGGAUUGCCGCGAUCAUCUUUGCAAGAGUCGCGGACAAGAGCUUCUCCAUCUCAACCCCGUCGGAUGAACGCACAAGACAGUCAAGGAAAGAAUCCGCGAGUUGAUUAUUUUACAGUACACGAGUCGAGCCAGGAGUCUUUCGUCACUCAGUCGGACUCGUAUUCACCUCAAUCUGUUGAGACGCGCCCAACUUCACCUGCUGCUAUAAGAACACAUGCCCGCAGUAGCAGUUCUUUAUCAGUGACACGAUCUGAGACCGAUUUAGCCGUUUCCAUUGGCGGCGACGGCCGUCCAGACUCAUCGACAUGGUAUCACAGAACAAGAUCGCUUACACCUAGUCUGUAUUCUCUUGCAACAGCUGGCUCGGAAACAUCAUUGAUUCUAGCCCAUCGUACACGGAAGAGCGCAUACGACGACAUAGAGACCAUCAGAUCGCUGAACAGGGACGGAAUCAUUCCAGGCAUAUUUCCCGAACAGCAUUUUGUGCAGAACAUCAGACGUUUCUGUCGGUUUUCGUCGGCUUCAUAUGGGUCGAAUGCUCUGAAGGUGAUGGGUGUCGCACGGUCAACGACGGGUCUUUCUGCCGCCGAAUCUGAUAGUCAAGAGCAUAGUGAUUUUUCAGAUAAUACUGGCCUACCAGCUUCGACGAUCCUCUUGUCGUCUUUCGUUGACCCCUCAGGAGGCACAAAUGCUGCCGGAGAAAUUGAUAGCGGUUUCCCAUUGGUUCAUUAUGUGUGCCUCGACCAUGAAACGAAGGCUGUCGUUCUCACCCUCCGAGGUACCUGGGGUUUUGAAGACGUCUUGACAGAUAUGACGUGCGAUUACGACGACCUCGAGUGGCAGGGCAGAAGCUGGAAGGUCCACAAAGGCAUGCAUGCCUCAGCAAGACGACUCUUGAUGGGCGGCGGCGGGCGAGUCAUGAUCACCAUCAGAGCCGCUUUGGAAGAGUUUCCAGAAUAUGGAGUGAUAUUAUGCGGUCAUUCCCUGGGAGGAGGAGUCGCCGCGCUACUGGCCACUAUGAUAUCAGAGCCCAACAGCGAAACAUUCGGAACUUCAUUCGUGACUGCUGCCCCGCGCUCUGUUACUCGGCAAGUUAUUCGAGAUGCAAGCAACAGUGAACCGGCCGAUGGGGUCCAUCUGCCGUUCUAUCUGCCUCAUGGACGUCCCAUCCAUGUAUAUGCAUAUGGCCCUCCAUCGGCCAUGUCCCCCUUCCUCCGCCGCGCAACGCGGGGCUUGAUAACGACAAUCGUCAAUGGCCAAGAUGUGGUGCCAUAUCUUUCCCUGGGAAUCUUGCACGAUAUGCACACCGUGUCUGUAGCGUUCAAGAGCGACGCUGCAGGGGCCAAAUCGCAUGUGCGAUACCGUGUCUGGGAGGGGUUACGACAAAGCAUCGUCAACAAAUUCUAUGUUAAUGAAACGCCCAUGCUUUUGCAUGCUGGAGAGGGUGUCGGCGAGGAUGCUUGGGCGUGGAAAACCCUCAAAUCGCUCCGAGAGGAGAUGUGCGCUCCCAAGCUACUGCCUCCUGGUGAGGUCUUCGUGGUGGAAACAAUGCGUGUUCUGCAACGUAACGCGUUCACCUCUGAUUUUGGGAGCGACGGCUACCCAAGACUAGGUCGGCCUGCGACAAGAGUGCAACUGAAAUUCAUCAGAAACGUUGACUCCCUUUUCGGAGAACUUAGGUUUGGCUCGGGUAUGUUCAGCGAUCACAAUCCAGCAAGAUACGAAGCCAGUUUGGCCGCCCUUGCGCAAGGUAUCCUGGAUGAUUGA